UCUUCUCACACUUGCAUGUAUUAUGACUUAUUGGCAACUUAUAUUAUGCAGAUCGUUGGGAUAUUGUUGAAUGAUAAUUCUCCUGGAGUAGUUGGAGCUGCUGCUGCUUCAUUUGCUUCUGUUUGUCCCAAUAAUCUAUCUUUGAUUGGAAGAAAUUACAGAAAGUUGUGCGAGAUUCUUCCAGAUGUGGAAGAAUGGGGUCAGAUUGUUUUGGUUGGGAUCCUUUUACGAUAUGUAGUUGCAAAGCAUGGGCUUGUUGAGGGAUCCAUAAUGUUAUAUUCGUGUUCUCUUGUGAAGUAUAAUUCAGAAAGGGAGGAUAUGAAACCUCCUCUUGUGAUGACAGAAAACCCUGAUGACGUCGGUGGUGAGAUAUGUUCUGAGAUAGCAGAUGUAGUCUCUAGGAGUUACCUUGAAGGGCCAGAGAAGUACUUAUCUCGGUUAAGUUGCAUGGAUAAGAAUACUUCUAUGGAUAUUUCUCAUUCUACCUCUUCCAAAAGCAAUGAUGAUGUGAAGAUUUUGUUGCAGUGUACAUCACCAUUAUUAUGGAGUCAUAAUAGUGCAGUAGUACUGGCUGCUGCUGGGGUUCACUGGAUCAUGGCACCAAAGGAGGACGUUAAAAAGAUUGUGAAGCCAUUGUUGUUUCUACUUAGAUCAUCUAAUGCUUCAAAAUAUGUGGUACUUCGCUCUUUCUUUGAAAUUUUAGUUAAAGGCGAACUUAGAAUAAGUGAUCAAAUUCCAAUGCUAAUUGCUUUACUACAUACUUCCUGUUUCAUGUAUUGUUACAUAUCUUUCCAGGUUCUCUUACGUGCCAAAGGGGAAGAUAUAUCAAUAUUGAAAAAAAUAGCAGGAUAUUUGCUUGAGCUUGCCAAAUGUGACAUUAAUUAUGAUGUUCGUGAUCGUGCUCGUAUCAUGAGUAAUCUCCUGUCUCACCUUAUUGGAUCUCCUUACUUAGAAGAAGUACAGGACAAACCAGAAAUUAAAGACCUCUCAUAUGUACUUAUAGAAAGCAUAUUUGGGGGACAAACAAAACUGCCUUCUUCUGAACCCUUAAGCUAUCGAUUUUAUCUCCCUGGUUCGCUAUCGCAGAUAGUGCUUCAUGCAGCUCCAGGAUACGAACCUCUGCCUGAGCCUUGUAGUCUCAUUUAUGACGAGAGCUGUAAUUUUUCAACUGAUGUGCAAGGAAUAAAGUCACCCGGAGUUGGUGUUGCACAUAAUGAACCAAAUGAAAAUGAUGAUUCUGAAGCCGUAUCUGGAUCUCUGGAUGAAGAAAACACAUCUGAUUACAGUUCCCAAGAAUCUAUGAUUGGUUCAAGUGAAAGCGGUGGCAGCUAUAUCAGCAGGUCUGCUAGCGAUGUUAAUGACAAUGCUGGACCUUUAAUUCAUCUUUCAGAUGCUGACCUUAUUCAUAGAAAUGGAGCUGAGGUUUCAGAGGAAAAUGAUCCCUCUGGCUCUAAUGGAGCUGAUGAAUUUAUGUCUAAAGGAGCUCUUGAAUCAUGGUUGGAUGAAAAUUCUGGUUUGAACCAAAAUUCAUCUGAUAUAAGUCAUGUGCGAAAAUCAUUGGCCAGAAUCUCAAUUAAGGAUAUUGGGGGCCUAGUUAAACCUAAAUCUUAUACAUUGUUAGAUCCUGCAAAUGGAAAUGGGUUACAUGUGGAUUAUAUAUUUUCAUCUGAGGUAUCCAGUGUAUCUCCACAGCUUGUAUGUCUACACAUUUCCUUUAGGAACUGUUCAAAGGAGCCCAUGUCAGAUAUCUUACUUUUUGAAGGCGAAUCUGACAGAAGUCCAGAUUCUUCAGAUCAGUCAGUGAGUGAAAGGUAUUUUUAAGCUAAUCCUUCAUUGUUUGCAAUUCUAGCA